AUGACGACGGAGGACGACAGAUACCGGCAAUCUAGCCAAUUCCGGCUCUGGUCCUUUUCGCCAACCAGCCUGCGGGAGCUUCGCGUCAAGACCAACGACCUCGCCAAGCAGCAAAUCUCCCCGCGGUUCGCACCCGAUGCGCAGCCCGAAUUCUUGACGCCCGCCGAGGAGGCGCUGCUGGUGCAGUUCUUCACCACGGAGCUGAUCCGCGCCGCGCAGUUCUGCGAGCUUCCGACCGAGAUCCGAUCCACGGCCGCCGUCUUCUUCCGCCGAUUCUACAUCACCAACUCCGUCAUGACAUACCCCCCGACCGAGCUGCUCAAGACGUCGCUCUUCUUCGGAUGCAAGGCGGAGGGCUACUACAUCCGGCUGGCCAAGCUGGCCGAGAUGUUCCCCAACACGACGAGCGAGCAGAUCCUGGCCGGCGAGUUCCUGCUCUGCCAGGGCAUCCGGUUCGCCUUCGACGUGCGGCAUCCGUUUAGGGCGCUGGAGGGAGCUAUCCUGGAGCUCAGGAGGCAGCUGCCGGAGCAGGAGGGCAGGGUGGCCAAGGCCCACGCGAUGGCUCGAGACAUUCUCAAGUUCAGCCCGCUGCUGACGGACGCCUACUUCCACUACACCCCGAGUCAGAUCAUGAUGGCCGCUCUGCUGAUGGUGGACAAGGAGCUGGUGGAUAUACUGAUCCCCGCGGCUCAGCCUGGGGACGAGGAGAGCCAGCAUGUGACGUCGCAUGCCGAGAUGCGAGACAAGAUUAUCAAGACGAUUGAGAGCUGUCGCGACAUGCUGGAAAAGGAGCCUCCAACGCGGAUGAAGGAGUACUGGGAGACGCCCGAGUUGGUCAAGUCCCUGAAGCCCCUUCGAAAGAAGCUGCAAAAGUGCAGAGACACGGACAGAGCAGAUUUGGUAGCCCUCCAACGAGCGCGACGCGAGCAAGCCACGACAAAAGUCAAGAAGCCGACACCCCCCAGCGACGGGGCCGUCUUUGGGGAUGCAGAGCCAAGGGAUCCGAAACGGAGGAAGUUGGAGGCUGCCAACGACCUGUUUGGGCCGGCUCUCUGA